AUGCAGGUCCUCGGCUCCCUCCAAGAUCCCAGAACCAAGCACCUGCACCUGCACCUUGCUGCGUAUUCGCCCUUUCGAGAAUGGCUCGUGGCAGUGAUUUGUCUGCACGCGGCAUCGUUGGUUUACCUUGCACACUACGGAGUACUAGGGCCUGGGUUUGCUUACGGGGCCUCUUCCAUUCUUACAAGCUUUAGCUUUUGGAUAAACAAAUCAAGACGCUCUACCAAUGCAUUCCCCGCGCGUCAACAGCAAUUAGCUCCGCCCGCAGAGUUCAGGCUUGUCAGGCACAUGGAUAGCAGAAGAGUGCAGGAAGAAAACGACUCGGAGGCCACGGGGCGGCAGCAGCAACAACAACAACAACAACAACAGGGGUUGCCAGCGAGGGAGGAUGAGAAGAAGAAGAAAAGAAAAAAAGAAAAGUUGAACCCCUUUGCCGAUGACGUCUUGACGACCCAGCAAGCUCUGUCGAUCACCAAAAUCCCCCAUUGCCUCUCCACGCGCAUGGCUACGAGGAUCUCGACUUUUGCGGAGGGAUCGUUGAAUCCGGGCGGCCAUGAGAGAAGAAGCCGCUCGACCGUCUCCCCCAGACCAAGCCCUGGGACUCCGCCUGACCCCACAUGGCCAUGA